AUGAAGACCUCUUCUAUUUUCGCUGCUGCCGCCGUUAUGCUGGCUGGCUCUGCUGUGGCAGCUCCGCUCGAGCGUCGUGCCGAGCUCGUGGCUGCCGACAUUGUGGCGCAGAUCGCUCCCAAGUCCGUAUCUUGCGCAGCUGGUAGCGACGAGUGCCGGACCAACAAGCAGGUUGGCGAAGCGCUGGUCGAGGCUAUGCUGGCGUACGAGAUCUACAACCCUGCAGCCAUGGCCUCCAUCACUGCCCUCAUUGCCCUUGAGUCUGGAGAGUUUGUGUACAAGCGCAACCUGCAGCACGACGGUGCCGAUUCGAUCCACUGGGGCCAAGGCACGUCCAACAUGCAGACAUUCAAGUACCAGCUCCUCUUCGCCAACUCCUUCCCCGAGGUUGCCUCGCAGGUUGCUGCUCUUGGUGCCGUCGACGGCAACAAGGCCGCCAUGAACAAGGUCCUCGACCUCGUCGUCGACGACAAGUACAACUUCAAGUCCGGCCCUUGGUUCUACGCGACCCAGUGCGGUGCCGAUGUUCACAGUGCCUUCGAGGGCUCGGACCUCGACAAGGCCUUUGAGCUGCACAUGGCGUGCGUCCUGGGCAGUGGCUCGAUUGCUCCUGAGCGGACCGCGUACUGGAACACUGCCAAGAAGGCAUUCGGUUUGGCAUAA